CGGCGGGCGGCGCUCCCCGGUGCCUCCCGCUCCGCUCCGCGCCCGCUCCGCCGAUGGCCGCCGGCCGCCGCGCUCCCCCGGAGCCCGGCGGGGGCCCGGUGCUACUUCAAGGCAUCUUCGGCGCGGGGCCGGCCCCCGGUGCCGCCGCCUGCUCGCUGACCCUGACGGCCCGGGAGCUGCAGGUGCGGCGUGCCGGCGGCUGCCCGGGCGGCUCGGCCGGUCCCGACGCCGCGCUCCGCCUGGCCGACUGCGUGGGCUCGGCCGCUUUCCCCGCGGCCGCGGCCGCCGCCUGCUUCUCGCUGGUGUGUUACCCGCUGCGGGGGCCGCGCUGGGGGCCGCCCGCCCGCCAGCGCCUGGAGCGGACCUUCCGCGUCUCCCGGGGUCCCGACGCCGAGGGCAACCUGCGCAUCGCCCAGGCCUGGAGCCGCCGCAUCCGCGAGCUCGCCGUGCCCGCCGUGCCCGUGCAGGACGGUGACAGCUAUGGGGUGCUGCCCCGGCCCUGCCACGCGCUGGUGCUGCUGAACCCACAGAGCGGCUCUGGCCGUGCCCUUGAUGACUUCCAGGCAGUGGUGCAGCCCAUGCUGGCUGAGGCUGACAUUGCCACCACUGUCUUCGUCACCGAAAGACCCCACCAUGCGCAUGAGAAGGUGCGAGAUGAGGACCUGUCGCAGUGGGACACGUUGGUGGUCGUGUCUGGGGACGGGCUGCUGUUCGAGGUGGUGAACGGGCUGAUGGAGCGUCCGGACUGGAAGGAGGCCAUGAAGAAGCCACUGUGCAUCCUGCCAGGAGGCUCUGGGAAUGCCCUGGCUGCCUCUAUCAACUACUAUGCAGGCUACGACCACGUUGCCAAGAAAAAGCUGCUGACGAACUGCACCUUCAUCCUGUGCAAGGGGCUGUACACGCAGAUGGACCUGGUGUCGCUGAGCACGGCCUCGGGCAAGCACUUCUUCUCCUUCCUGGGCUUUGGCUGGGGCUUCAUCUCGGACGUGGACAUCGACAGCGAGAAGUACCGCUGGCUGGGCAGCGCCCGCUUCACCCUGGGCACGCUGCAGUGCCUGGCCAAGCUCCGGGUGUACCAGGGCCGCCUGUCCUACCUGCCCAUGGCCGCGGAGCAGGGCAGCUCCCCGGCACCCCGGGACACCCCCGCGCCCGUCACCAACGGCCACAUCCCGCAGCCGGCGGGGACCGAAGCGCCCGGCUCCCUGCCCCCCGACUCGCUGCUGGUGCCGCUGGGCCAGCCCGUGCCGGCGCACUGGACCGUGGUCCCCGAGGAGGAGUUUGUCCUGGUCUACGCCAUCUACCAGUCCCACCUGGGCACCAACCUGCUGAUGGCACCGGCGGCCCGGCUGCACGACGGCUGCAUCCACCUCUUCUACAUGAAGGCCGGCAUCAGCCGUGUGACGCUGCUGAAGCUCUUCCUGGCCAUGUCCAGGGGGACCCACCUGGACUUGAACUGUCCCCACCUGUCCUACGUCCCCGUCCGGGCGUUCCGCCUGGAGCCGCGGGUGGCCGCGGGCAUCAUGACAGUGGAUGGGGAGGCGCUGGCCUGCGAGCCCGUGCAGGGCCAGGUCCAUGCCCGCCUCUGCCGCGUCCUCAGUGGCUCCUGAGCUCCCCGUUUGCCCUCCCUGCAGCGCUGAGCUGCCGGCACGGCCCGGCGCGAGGGUGGCAGAGCCUUCCUCCCACUCAGGAACCCCCUCCUUCCACAGCAAUAGGUCUUGGGGGGGCGUGGGGCUCAUCCCCUCGCUUGCCCCCACGCUUAGCUUUACCCCCUUGGGACAGCCACCAAUGCUGUUCCAAAAAUGAGCCACAAGCCCCAUCAGGUACUCGGUGCCGGCGAGAUGCCAGCGUGUUUAAUCCUGGUACGAGGUCCCGGCCCCAGGCGGCUGCGCCGGCACAGCCCCGUCCCCUCCCCGGCUCAGACGCACACGGUGGCAUUGUUGUGUCCCCGCCCCGGAGCCAGUGCCACCGCCCCAGGGAGGGUCAGGACCAAUAGAUCUAAUACAAUAAACCGACUUUUUAAAGAAUGUUUCUACCCAAA